AAAGCAAUUUGUGAAUUUAGGGUUGUAAUGACUAAUCAAUUAGGUUCCACAUAACAAAUAGUCGACUAUUUCAUGCCCAUCACUACGAUAUACACGUCCUUAUUCCUAAGUGUUCAGUUGUUGGUGUCUUGGAUGCCUGGCAAACCCUCUCACUUUACUCUAACCUGUAGGCAGUGACAGCUGCUUGGGCCAGACAUUUAAGAAGAGGAGCAUUGAGAAGAAAAGCCUCAGGGACUUAACCAAAGACACACACACACACGCACAAGUAACACACCUCUUAACCUUGGAUCCGUGCCAUUCGGCUGCUGCCUUUACACCGUGUCUGUACACUGUGUACCCAGUGGUGAGGUAACUCUUGGAGGUUAAAUGCCACACAAGGAUUUAACCUACACUUAAGGACACCAGAAGUUCGAUCUCGUCUUGCUGAACUCACCACCUUCCUGGAAUCUGCGGCGUUUGCUGGAGUAUGCAGUCCCAAGAGCGGAAGCUACCGUCUCUAUGUUCGUAGUGGGAUUCCUGAGCGAGUGUGAAUGUCCUUAACUCAGUCACUGACGUUCAGGGAGGCCUGGGGUAUUAUUACAUUGUCAGCCAGUGCUUAUGCAUGUUUUAUCUGCGGUGAGGGGAAACAAGAGUCUUGCUGUGUCACCUGAUACAUCUGCGCCAUUGCUCGAGCCCUGACAGCAAGCCUCCCGUGGCUCGCACGCACUAUCCGUCCGUUCAUCUAUCUGUCAAGUCCUCCAUCAAAAAAGGGACAUUUGUGGGACAAAUCAAAAGAUUUACGGUGAUACUUGACUCUUGAUCGAUCGGCACCGACAGAAGAGGUUACAGUGGAGGGAUCAUCUCAGACAGAGGAGAACUUUGGUAGGAGCUGUGCUGAUAACAUGGUGAGGACUUAAUAGUGUUUAGCAGCAGCAUCUGGAUCUAUAUAACUCUCGCGUUCCUUUGUUGCCCAACCGGCUUAUUAGCAGGUAUUCCAUCAGUAUCAACUCUGACGUCAGCGCCACUGGUGGAGGCAGGCUCUUACGUUAUUGAGCAUGACAGACAGUCUGCGGCCACCAUCUCUCCGGGUGCAGGUCCCACGGGACGAUCCCACCUCGGCCUGGUCCAGCUCCUCCACACCCACCUUGAGGCGGCGCCGCUUGAAGAUGCGGCGAACAAAGAAAGCACAACGCGAGUGCCUGGAGAACGGAUCGCUGAGACAUUCAGGCUCUCAUUUAGCCCCCAAGGAGUAUCUACAACUUCCUGCCAUUGAGAUCACACCAUCCAGCGAUGAGGACGCUCCAUGGUCCAACUGCUCCACACCCAGCGCCUCACCACGACGCAGACGCUUUCUGUUACGCAAGUGGCUGAAGGUGCGAGAGAAGAAGGAGCCCGGCAACGAAAGCAGCAGUCAGCCGAGCAGCCAGCAGAGCAGCCAUGACGACGACUCCUCUCGCUUCCUGACUCCGUUUAUGCGCAGCACUGCCAGUAAUUCGACCCGGAGCAGUCCCGCUUGCUCUCCGGUGUUGCGGAAGCGCUGUCGCUCGCCCACCGUGCCGAGUCUGGAGGGAGAGAACAUGGUGGAGAAGGGCUCCGAGCACUCAGACACCUCCAAGUCACCCUCUACCCCAGAGCAGCUGGUCACCCGCACAUACUCGACACAUACACAGUCCUCACGCAGCAGCUCUAAAAACUCCAAGAAAAGUCAGAGCUGGUACAAUGUUCUCAGCCCCACCUACAAGCAGCGAAAUGAAGACUUCAGGAAGCUCUUCAAGCAGCUCCCGGAUACAGAGCGCCUCAUUGUGGACUACUCCUGUGCGCUGCAGAGGGACAUCCUCCUGCAGGGCAGACUCUACCUCUCCGAGAACUGGAUCUGUUUCUAUAGCAACAUCUUCCGCUGGGAGACACUACUGACGGUGCGUCUGAAGGAUAUUUGUUCCAUGACGAAAGAAAAGACAGCACGUCUCAUCCCCAACGCCAUCCAAGUGUGCACAGACACUGAGAAGCACUUUUUCACAUCGUUCGGGGCGAGGGACAGGACGUACAUGAUGAUGUUCCGUCUCUGGCAGAACGCUCUGCUGGAUAAGCCCCUGUGUCCUAAGGAACUGUGGCACUUUGUCCAUCAGUGCUAUGGUAACGAGCUCGGGCUGACCAGUGACGAUGAGGACUAUGUCCCCCCCGACGAUGACUUUAACACUAUGGGUUACUCUGAAGAGAUCCCUGCCGAAGAGAACGAGGUCAGUAACGAUAACUCAUCUAAGAGCAGCGGAGAGAAUAAGCAGGACAGCAGCCCUCAGUCACACAAGAGAUCAAUCACACACUCCACCAUCACGUCCACGCCCAGCAGCACAGACCUGCCUCUGUCUUUUGCCAUCGCUCCUGAGGAGUACACGGACUGUCUGCCGGACCCGGAGCUCUUGACGUUGCCUCUGCUGGCUGACGAGAGGAGCUGCGAAUCUGCAGAGGGACAGCUGGGUCCAGUGUCCUCGCCCUCUCUCGACUUCAACGAUAACGAAGACAUCCCGACUGAGCUCAGCGACUCGUCCGACACACACGAUGACGAAGUGGAGGUACAGGCAUUCCACGAUGACCUAAACGGGCGUCAGUACAUUAACGAGGUGUAUAAGUUCAGCGUGGAUAAGAUGUACUCGUUCCUCUUCACCGAGUCGCAGUUCAUGGCCGACUUCAUGGAGCAGCGCAGAUUCACAGAUGUAGUGUUUCAGCCCUGGAGGAAAGAGGAAGCAGGGAACCACAGGAGGGAGAUUAUGUACACCAUCUCACUCUCCAACCCACUGGCUCCCAAAACAGCCAACGUCAGUGAGACUCAGACUCUGUACAAAGCCAGCCAGGAGAAUGAGUGUUACAUCAUCGACGCUGAAGUUGUCACUCAUGAUGUUCCUUAUCACGACUAUUUCUACACACUCAACCGCUACACACUCACCCGCGUGGCCAAGAACAAGUGUCGGCUCAGGGUUUCGACAGAGCUGCGGUACAGGAAGCAGCCAUGGGGAUUGGUGAAAGGUUUCAUCGAGAAGAACUUCUGGAGUGGACUGGAGGAGAACUUCAGGAGUCUCGAACUUGAGCUGACGAAAGCCGAGGACCUCCUGUUGGAAGCACACGGGCCAUCUCCGAAAACCAAAGCCCUGAAAAACUCCACCCUGAGGCGGAGAAAAAGGCCCCUCCCACACCUGCGCACACCUCACCUGGAGGAAACGCUUAGCCCUGUGACCACACCCACUGAUGAAGAGGUCAUCCAUAGAAUCAAGCAUGUAUCAGCAGGCUCCACACAAACGAGACACAUUCCUGAACACACCCCUGGGGGCGGAGCCUUCUGUAAACUCUCCAAACUGCUGCUCAUUAUCAGUUUCGUCCUGGUGCUGCUGGUUUUCCUGAACAUGAUGCUCUUCUAUAAGCUGUGGAUGCUGGAGUACUCCGCUCAGAGCCUAAUGACCUGGCAGGGCCUACGUCUGGACGAAAGUAAAUUACCACAGACACAGGUGGAGUGGGCUCAGCUUCUAGAGUCUCAGCAGCGCUUCCAUGAAGCCGAACUACAGAAAUGGAGAGAGAUCAUCAAAUCAUCAGUUCUGCUGCUAGACCAGAUGAAGGACUCUUUACUGAGUCUGCAGCGAGGUGUAACUUUUAGAGACUAUGGCUCAGACUCAGACGAGAAACGGACUCAUUACCACUGACACGUCCCCUGUAGAGCCAGCAGGUGUCGCCGGGCAGCGGAGAGCCACAUCCGUGUGUGUGAGUGUGUGUACCAGAGCGAAACGGGCAGAACUCGUCUGCGCACUGCUGUUACACGAAGGAGGGAGAGCGAGCACAGAGAAAGAGAGGAGGAACGUUCACGGAGAGUCCAAACCUAGGAUAUCACACCUCCGUCUGCUGUGUGGAAUCAUGGGAACGUGACGUUCUGCAGUCUCCCCUCUUUUUCUCUGCCUUUCAUUUACUGAGGAUAUGACGCUAAUAGCGGUCGCUAUAGAGAGACAAAAGCCGUGGAUUGAAGUGAAACGGAGGCAAAAUGACGAGGUUGAUUUUUUUUUUUUUUAAAUAUAUAUAUAUAUAGUUUCAUUUUAAAUCCUCCAGUCCUUGAAGUGGUUUGAACCCUUUUCUGUUAAAUGAAGAAAAGUGAUGUGAUCAUUUCAGCCUUCAGGAGACUCUCGGGCAUGUCAUUUCACUGUAAGGCUGCGGUGUCCCUUUCCCAGGAAACGCAUGGCCAUGAUGACACUCCACACCUUUCCUAGAUGCAGCCUUUAGACAGGAAAAUUUAACAGGGUACUGAUAUUAUGUUGUUGGGGUUAUUUUUUAUCGGUCAACAUUUGGACUGUUAUUACGGUAUUUUUAAAGUAUUACAGGAGCCACAUUAAAGUAGUGAAGUGCCUUUAAACCUUAAAGGAGCGCUUUUGUUAUUUUUAGAGACUUCUUCUGCCUGCGAGUUGAAUCACGAACAUUUCAGCGCACAAGGCCAGCACUUUGUGUUCAACUCGAGUGGGUUCGGGGCUGUAGUUAAGUGCAGGGCAGUGGCAGUGAUCGUCUUCUGGCUGAACGCUCACUCCCAUCAGCCUUUGCCAGUCCUGGGACUUGAAUCUUCUGGUCAGAGGUGCUUCUAUGGCCGUUUCGGUCGUUCAGACAUUCAAAUUCAGUCACUUUAUUGCUAAUUCGUUUUAUUAUGUAAAUGAUAACCCAACAAAAUGGACGUCAUUGAUUAGAAUUUAACGGCGACGUUUCUUAUUUCUACUCCAGCGCUGUCGAGAUCUCGAUUCCGAUUGGUCAGAUUUUUGGUUUUUGAUUCAUUUUCUAUAACAGCAGCUUUGACCGUAGUUCCCGCCAUAAUUCAAAUCACAGGUUUGUACUAACGCGCUUUUUCUAAUACGUUAUCGUUUCCAUAGCAACAAGCUUUGCGGUUUCUCAGUAGCCUGACCUGCCGCAUUUUUACUUACUUAUUUAUUUCUUUUGACUUAUUAACUUCAAGAGAGAGAGAAAAAAAAGACAGGCGGGUGAGGGAACAGUGCUUACAGCUGCUGUAACAUAAGUGAUAACAGGAACUAACUUGUUUGAAACAAACUAUAAAUUUAUUAUUAUUUUUUUUUAAGUAUGAUGCGUCAUUCUCUCAAUUAAAAAAAAAAAAAAUGCUGCCACUGGCAAAUGUGUAUUGAACACGUCAAAAUUCUUUUCAGUAAAUGUAUUUCCGAUGAGGUUGUUCGCGUGAAACUUUCGCUCGACUCAAGAAAUCUGCACAUAUAAAGAAUUCACAACGUUAAAGUCCAUGAAUGAAGUUAUGUGGAAUAAAGUGGAAUGACACGGGAAAAAAAGUACCGAACACGCUAAGAAAAAGCAGUUCUCCGAGGCAAGGUAAUGCAAGGGACCAGCUGAAAUCCGUAAGCAAUUAUACCCCCUGUGUGUUCAAAAUAAUAUCCGCUGGGUUAGUAAAUCCUCACUGGAAAUAUAUUGACUGAAUAAAAUGUUGACGCGUACAGUACUUAUUUCCCCCACUGUGAGAGGAAUAAAACUUAACAGGCCAUGCAUUUAUUGGAAAUCAGCUUCACUUUAGUGGUAGCAGCUUCACUACUCCACAUCCCAUCGUGCUUUAUUUCUUACAUGUCACAUGGCCAUAUGUGAAAGAAGGGACACUGCAGCCAGACCUCCAAGAAAACCUGCAUUUUUAUUACAGCGUUUGGUUACUAAACUGUGAUUCUAUCUCCUAAAAAUGUUGCUAAAUGAUACGGAUAAAUAAGAUAUAUAGUAUAUUUGGAAAUAGAAUGAUUGACAUAUAAUUUAUCUAGACAGGAUAAAAAAUGUCUAUCUAUUAAAUAGCGUUUACUUCAGUGUUGCACCGGCACACGUCUGUGACGUGUGUGAGAGAGUGUGAGAAACUUGUACUGUAAUAAGUAACGUCUACAUGUUCCGUGUUUCCGUGUGUUAGUACAAGUGGACAAGUGUCUAGCGCGUAAGAGGUUUCAGACCAUUCCACUCCAUGUGUUGUGUUAUUCGUGUCUGGUGUACAAAGCCAAGCUGCCUUUCUCUUGCCCAGCAGUUAUCGAGCAGUAAACUCCCAGAGCCGCCAUCUCGGCUCAGCCCCCAUCCCCCAACAGGGAGUGUGCAGUCACGUUGUUUUCCCAUUGUUUAGGGUAAACGUCUGGAUCACCAUUCUCCUGAGGUAAAGACACUGCCUGAUGAACGCUAUGUGAAAUUUCAAAGCACUGAAAGUCCUUUAUUUUUUUUUGUCAAGAUGUUUGGUCAAGGAAAUUUUUUGCACAGAAGAGACCGAGAAGGGAAAUAGCUUAGCCUGAACCAAAUAGAGUAUUGAAUUGUGUAUAGGUGUGUAUAAUUAUAUAAGACCCAUUUUCAUUCGUUUUCUCACUGCCGUGAGGCUAUGGCUGUGCUCCAAUACUGUCUACCAUCUUUAGGGUUCUUCCGUUACUUUAUUUGACCGAGGGAAGGUUCUUAGAUGAGGGCUGGGACGCUGUCAUUAAAGACUAAAGUGAUCAAAUGCUUCAUUUUUUUAAACUCAUUUUCUACAUUUAAAGUUUUAUUAACUGACUUCUCCGUGUAUACGUCACAGGAGUAAAGGUGGGAAGUAACAAAGUACAAUUAUUUUAUUACUGUAUUUAAGUCUGUUUUUUUUUUUUUUUUAAAUUAUUCGUUAUUUACUUGAGGUUUUUGUUUUGUUUUUUUUUUCAGCAAAUACUUUUGACGUUUUACUUUUCUAUAUUAGAAAAUGUGUUUUCAAACGUCGCAUCACUACCCUGCUGAGAGAAAAUAAAACCUAAGAGAAAUCCUCACAGAAUUGCUAAUGAUUUCAAUGGAUAUAAUGGGAAUUGUAUUGGUUUUAAUGGAAACUGUAAUGGUCCCUGUGGGUCUCUACUGGUAAUUCGAUGCCUUCUAUUGGUGGCAUGUUUGGCUAGUGGGUACCAUUAAGGACCUACAUCCUUAAUACAUCCUACUAUAUAAUGGAAACCGUUUGGUAAUAGUUUUAAUGGUUAACAGCUAAUAGUUUGUAAUGGUAUUUCUAGUGGAAACCAUUAGAAUUCCUGGGGGUUUUUUUUCCAGCAGGGUACAGUUCUCUAUAAUCGUAUUUGUGCAGUCGUAAGCACUGAAAUGUGCAGUUUGUAUGCUCAGAGUUCGUCUCUUGCUAGCUAACAUCUGAGUGAAUAGGAAUAACGUUGUUGUUAGUUAGCCUUAGCUAAUGUUUUCCCCCGUUUCGUACUGUAACUAAGUUUACACAGUUUUCUAUUUUCACUUGAGUGAAGGGUUUCAUGCUGUACUUCGACGUUUACCAGAUUUAUUUAUUUAGAUGAGUAAUGAAUGAGUAAACAAUUUGGGUAAUUUUACCAGCUCGGGACGAUUGUCUAGCUAGUUAACAGCCUAGCUAAUUAGCCCCGUAGCUAAGGGGUGUCCAACGAAAGUCCAGGAGUGCCACAACACUCAGAGAAUUGUGUUUUCCCGUUUAUAAAACUACAAAUUCGGUCCUUGAAUCUUUUGGCAGUUAGCCGUGUUGUGUUGCGGUGUUCAAAUGAAGUA